AUGAGACGAGCAUUACCAUCUUAUGGAAAACUGUCAAAAGAAGCCUCCGAGUGUAUGCAAGAAUGCGUAUCAGAGUUUAUAUCAUUUAUUACGUCACAAUCAGCAGAAAAGUGCUCGAUUGAACGACGAAAGACAUUAAAUGGUGAAGAUAUCUUAUAUUCAAUGUACACUCUUGGUUUUGAGAACUAUGCCGAGGCUCUUAAAAUAUAUCUUGCAAAAUAUCGGGAGUUUGAGCAAGAGGAAAGUGAAAUUCGACGGCAGAAGUAUUUAAUUCGUAAAGAGCAGAAACGUCGAGAAAGAUUAGCUAGGAAAAUGAGCAGCAAUUUAUCGAAUCAAGAUACAGCUGGAAUGGAAACUUUGUCCUAUGAUCUCAGCGAUGAAGAUAAUGAUUAUGAGUUCACUAGCAAAAUUUCCGACGAUAAGAGUGAAAGGGAUAGCAAUAUUUGA